CAGUUUUAGGAUAAGACCUUAAUCUUAUUAGGUGUUAAGCGAUGACUGAGGCUCUGUAAAUUUUCAGGCCAAGACUGACUAACUUUGAUCUCAAUACCUUUCCUACCCAAUAAAUUUGAACCUUCGCAUCGCGAGCCACAGCACUCACCUCUACGUUUCUCACCAUGCCCUCAGCAGACACAGACCGCAGAGAUAUUGUCGGCAUCAACGCCGAGACGAUAUCCAACGUCACCAGCAACGAUUUCCCGGGGCACUGGCCAGGCGAAGACAACUCAUGGGACCUUUCCAAAUUCCGUGACAGCUUCCGCGUCGACUUCUUCCGCAACGACCGCCACCACGCUGAAUUCGACAUUGUGCACAUUGACGCGUCGAUCGCCAAUGCCUUUCGCCGGAUCAUGAUGGCGGAGGUCCACUCCUUCGCCAUUGAGCAGUGCUACUUCCUCAACAACACCUCAGUGAUCCAGGACGAAGUCCUCGCGCACCGCCUCGGCUUCAUCCCGAUCGUUGGCAACCACGACGCAAUGAAAUCCAUGAAGUGGCCGCGCCAGGGCAAGAACCCGGAGAACAACCUACCGUACCAGCCCACGGUGCACGACACGCUGAUCCUGCAGCUGCAGGCGCAGUGCGAGCGCAUCCCGAACGUGCCGAAGGGCGAGACCGAUCCGGACAAGCUGUAUACGGGGCACACGGUGUACGCGCGGGAUCUGGAGUGGCGGCCCGCGAACAACGCGCAGCAGCAGAGGUUCGGCGACGAUCCUGUGCGCGCGGGAAAUCCGGACAUUGUCAUCGCAAAGCUCCGCCCCGGUCAGGAAAUCAUCGUCACUAGUCAUGCGGUGAAGGGUCUUGGGAAGGAUCAUGCGAAGUUCUCGCCGGUCGCUACGUGUGGAUACCGCCUCAUGCCGCAGAUCACUAUCCUGGAGCCGAUCAGGGGGAAGUCGGCGGAGAGGUUCCAGGGGUGCUUCCCUAAGGGCGUCGUGGAGAUCGAGGAUGGCGAGGCGAAAGUGGUCAAUGCGAGGAAUGAUACCGUCAGCAGGGAGGUGCUUAGGCAUGAGGAGUUUAAGGGCAAGGUGGCGUUAGGGAGGAUCAGGGAUCAUUUCAUCUACUUCGUCGAGAGUGCCGGUCAAUGGGACUCGGAUGAGAUCUUCCUGGAGGCCGUCGGUAUCCUCCAGGCCAAGUGUGAGCGUCUCAAGCGCCACACCCAGCGAAUGCUGCAGCAGGAGGCCGAGAAGGCUGAUCGCGAGGGAUCGAUCGAGAGCGAGACCGGCAGCGAUGAGCCCGAGGCGAUGGAAGAGUAAUACGUACAUAUCUGCGCGAAGGGAUGAGAGCGUGUUAUGUCAUUAUUCGGUUCGGUUUCGACUUUUCUUAUCUUGUAGCAAUCUGUUUCGGAGUUUAGGGUGUGUUCUAUUGCUUGUUUUAGAUCUUUGGGGAAAAGUUGUUACUUAUUGAUACACUUUGCUGUAUGUACAUACCUUUGGUGGUAAUCGAUGCACAUGGGACGAAG